AUGUAUCUCUUUGUGUAACCCUUAUUAAGAACCCUAGCUACUAGCUAGCCUCUUCUCUUUCUCAUACUAGUAAAAGAUCUGUCGACUUAGGCCUCUGCACCAUCCACCGCUGUAUCGUUGCAGUAAGACAGUUAAUUAUGUUUGAGAAGAAGAAGAAGAUUGAAGAAAUUAGCAGCAGCAUGGUAUCCAACAAUGCCUCAAUCAAAAGGCAUAAACACAUGAUCAGUGACUUACCUGAUAACGUUCUCGUUCAUAUUCUUUCUUUUUUAUCUACCAAAGAUGCUAUCAAAACUUCCAUAUUAUCAACAAAGUGGAGGUACUUAUGGACCUAUUUAUCUGUCUUUGAUUUUCGAUUUUUUUAUUAUCAAAAAAAUCGAAACCCAUCACAUUCCCUUUUAGAUGUAGUCGCUACACUACUUGAAAAAUCUAAGGAUCAUCUAAUAGAAAUAAAAAGGAUCACCGUUCGUAUACCCCAAGUUACUCUUAAUGCUGACAAAGUUACUUUUUUAGUAACUUCUCUACUCAGUCUCAAAGUCCAAGAUCUUGAAUUUUCUAUAGAAGAUCUAAGAUAUCUAAAUGCUCGCCGCGAGUUACCCCUUGGUUUCUCAGGAUCUUAUUUGUUGAGUAAACUAACGUUAAAUCUUACUGGAUAUACUCUAAAUAUUUCUAAUGCUAUUCAAUUUCCUAGCCUUAAGACAUUGAAUCUUAAGUAUGCUACCUUUCCAAAUGAGGAAUCAGUUGAAGAAUUUUUUUCUGGGUGCCCUCGCCUGGAAGAGUUAACUUUGAUUAAUUGUUAUUGGUUGCACAUACAGAAGCUCACUAUUGCUAUUUCCACAUUGAGGAAAUUGACCAUCCAUUUCAAUCAUUAUUGUCUACAACAUUGUGAUGACUUUGACAAAUUUUCUGUCAAGAUUGAUGCUGUCAAUCUUUUAUCUUUAACUUGCACAAGUGAUCCAACCAUACAAUUUGUCAUUGUUAACCCCCCAACCUCCAUGCUUGAUGCAUAUAUUGCAUUUAGCUUACACUUUCCAUGGGAUGAUAGGACACAUGCGCUAUAUGAGGAAUAUCUUUCUCGUUGUGCAGUUGUUCUAUUAAGUGGACUUGCGAGUGUCAAGUAUCUCACACUAUCAAACGAUACUUUUCAGGAAUCUCCCUAUGUAAAUGAUCGUUUCCAUCUCCUUCCGAAGUUCCACAAUUUGACACAUCUUUGUCUGGAUUCAGACAUUUGCUCUUUCAGUAGAACAUCAUUCACAAAAUUCCUUCUAAAGUGUCCUAAACUGGAAGUUCUUGUUUUUCCUCUGGGAAGUGGCAUAUUAAGACAAGACGAUAAUCAUGGUUGGAAAUCAAUUCCAGUGCCUCGUUGUAUAAAAUCUUCUCUCAAGAAGCUUCACAUUACAGAUUUUUGUGGAUAUUCAUGGGAUAUCCAAUUCGUUGAGUUUUUCUUAGAGAACGCAACAGUUUUGGAGAAGUUUCAGAUAUCCUUAUCGUGUUCGCCACUUUCAAAAUAUAAUUGGAAGAAUCUGGCAGAUCUCAAGAACCAAUUUGUAGGAAUGGGAAGUUGUGACAUUAAGUUUCGAUUAGCCAAAAGUGUGAGUAAAAUGCAGAACUUUUGUAAAAAAUGCUAUGGUUUUUAAGGCAGACUUUUGAGUUCUUUUCAGUUAUGACUUGUUUUCAAGGGCAAUAAUUUUAAGGAAUUUAUUUCUCAAGUUCAGUUAUAUUUCAGCACUAUUUAUAAGGCACCGAAGUACUUGUAAUGAUACACAUGAAAUAAACAAAGCUCUUAGUUUUCCAAUACGUACAUUAGUUUCAUACUAGUAUUAUUUUUGUGAUUUUUUCUCAUAUUUCUUUCACAAAACAUGUAUUAUGGAAACGUUAAAUUGCUUUACAUUUGGUCCAUGGUGUUGAUGUUAAAUUAAAUCAAAGUCGUAUAAUUAAUCAA